AUAAUAAAGUAAAAAGAAAUUAUUUAUUUAUUUAUUUAUUUACUUUUUUAAUAUUCUAGCAUCUGAAAGAAAGUUUCAGAGAAAAAAAAAAGAAAAUUUUCCCAGAAAAGUUAAAAAAAAAUUCUCUUAACGGUUUUUGCUGUGGUUGUUGAAAGCUAACGAGAAUUGUGUAGGUAAGCUAGGGUUUUGCAAUGUGUUUGAAAUUCAAUCAUUGAAUUGCGAAAUUGACUGUGGUGGUUGUGGUGGUGGUGGUGGUGGAGGUGGGGUGGUUGUGGCGAAGGUUAGGGUUUUGGAUUGAUCGAUGAAGCUACGGCGAUGAGGUUUUUUGAAGGAAAGGAAUGGAGGUUAGAUCAUCGGACGCGGCGCGUAUCAUCGGCGAUAAGAUAGCGAGUGGUUCUCCUCCCGUGCCUGCGAUCGCGAGGACGCGAUUGCAGGUCUGGUUCAUUCGCGUUUGCUCAAGCAUUGUGCUUUGGACUUGUUUGGUUCAGCUCGUCGCGGUUUGUGAGCUGUGGCACCCGCAUUUGCUCGCCGGAAUCACCAGCCGGAUUUUGAGCUCCGCGGAGCUUAAUGUCGACGAAGAGGCGCGUUUACAUUCUUCUUCGCCGCCGCCGCCGCCUCUUGUUCCUCCAAGAAAGUAUACAAGCAAUGGUUUUCUUAGAGUGUCCUGCAAUGGAGGCUUGAAUCAAAUGCGUGCAGCGAUAUGUGACAUGGUGACUGUUGCUCGGCUUUUGAAUCUCACUUUGGUUGUUCCAGAGCUUGAUAAGACAUCCUUCUGGGCUGACCCUAGCAAUUUUAAUGACAUCUUUGAUGUGAGACAUUUUAUUGAUUCAUUGAGAGAUGAAGUUCGAAUCAUAAAAAGGAUUCCAAAGAGGUUUAACAGGAAACAUGGAUUCAUUCCUCUCGAGAUGCCUCCUGUUAGCUGGUCAAAUGAAAAAUAUUACUUACAACAGAUUCUUCCACUUUUUGGCAAGCAUAAAGUGUUACAUUUCAACAAAACAGAUGCACGUUUGGCAAACAAUGGGAUCCCAUUGGAUCUUCAAAAACUCAGGUGUCGUGUUAAUUUCCAGGCACUGAAAUUCACUCCUCAGAUUGAGACUUUGGGGUACAAAUUGGUUCGCAUGCUUCAAGAAAAGGGACCUUUUGUGGCUCUGCAUCUAAGAUACGAGAUGGACAUGUUGGCUUUCUCAGGUUGUACUCAAGGCUGCACUCAGGAAGAAGCUGAGGUGCUCAAGCAGAUGAGGUAUCAAUACCCAUGGUGGAGAGAGAAAGAGAUAGUGUCUGAAGAGAGGAGAUCUCAAGGCUUGUGUCCUCUGACACCGGAGGAGGCAGCACUAAUUUUGCAGGCAUUGGGUUUCGGUAAGGAUACGCAGAUUUAUAUUGCAGCUGGUGAGAUUUAUGGAAGUGAACGUCGACUAGCAGUGUUAAGAGCUGCAUUUCCAAAUAUUGUGAAAAAGGAAAUGCUGCUGGCCCCAGCAGAGUUGCAACAAUUCCAGAAUCAUUCGUCUCAAAUGGCGGCUUUAGAUUUUAUGGUUUCAGUUGCCAGUAACACUUUCAUUCCCACCUACGAUGGAAACAUGGCAAAAGUUGUGGAAGGUCAUCGCAGGUAUCUUGGGUUUAAAAAAACCAUCCUGCUAGAUCGGAAAAGUCUUGUACCGUUACUGGAUAUGCAUCACAAUAGAACACUUUCAUGGAAUGAGUUUGUAGCUGCUGUUGCAUUGGUUCAUGAGAAAAGAAUGGGACAGCCAACUCAUCGUAGGGUUAUUGUAGAUAAGCCGAAGGAGGAAGAUUAUUUCUAUGCAAACCCACAGGAGUGCCUUUGUGAGGGAACAAAUUGUGACUCGCUCAGGCAUGGGAACUCAAGUAAAACGCAGUGACUGCAAGCGAACAACUCUACAUCAUCGUUGAUAACAUUCCACUGAAUUUUUCUGUGGUAAUUUGGUGGACAGGAUUUAUGUCUUCUUUUGGAAGAGUAGGCAUAAUGACUAUGAAUAUACACACUUGAAAAAGAGUUUUGCACGAAACAGCAGAAAAGAACACUUUAUUGCCCCAUUUGGCUGUCAAAAGAUGUGGUCUCUAUUGUUAUUAAUUUUUUUGUUUAUAUAUUUAUUGGUUCUUCUUCUAGUUGAUGUGUUUAGUGGUUUUGAUAUAACUCCACAUAGAAACAUAUCAAAUGUUGUAGAUCAUUGUUAGAAAAGUUGCCCGCUACGAAUUGUUCAAAGAAACUAAAUGUUGGACAGAGUUGCUCUUUCUGGCAAUAAAUUUACUCCAUUUUUCCUGGAUGAUGAAA